AUGCGCUCUACACUUCGGCUACUGGCCAAUGUUAAGCCCCGGUACUUGGAGCCUUUUGCUCCGACCGGCUUGACUGGACUUUUCACACACCCCAGUCCUCGCCCUACCCUAAUCUACCUUUACUCGACCACUCUGCAAAAGCUUCAGGCAUUCCCCGAGGCCUCCGCCUACCGCCAGUCCGUCGAGGCAUUGACCCGCAACCGUUUGCAAAUUAUUGAAUCACAGAAACCCGCUGGAUUCGAUGCCUGGUUAGAGCGCGUGCGCAAGACCGUGGGAGCCGAGCCUGAGCGGUACUCGAAGGUACAGCGCACCGAGGGUGGCUUCACCCAUGCCGCUGCUCAACAAAAGGAUGGAAGCGACAAUCCUCGUGGUGAGGAAUGGGAUGGCGAAGGACCCCCAGUCCCCGGUGGUGGUCCCCGUACCCCUCAAGAACAAGCCGAAUGGGCCCAAAUCAUGGCCGAGGCCAGCGAGACCACUGAAAAGGCCGAGCACGAUUUCUACCACCAAGAAAUGAAGUGGGAGAGCGAGCCUGCUCUCACUGCCGACCAGAUCUCUCACGUUGAGCAGCAGAUUGGUGCUGGUCUUAUUGAGGAAGUUAUCCAGGUCGCUGAGGCGGAGCUCAAGCUUGUGGAUGAGUUGGCUAAGGCCAAGGUUUGGGAGGAACUCGAGGAGAAGCCCCAACCCGGCCAGUGGUCCUACUUUGAGCGUGGCAACUAA